UCCUUUUAUAUUUGCUCUCUUCCCUAUUUACCCCUAUAAAUACCACAAAUCUCAGUUCCCCUUUCGCCCUCUCUGCUUUUUAUUUCUCUCCCUUCUCUGUUCUUCUCAUACUCUCUCGUAUUCGAAGCUAGCUACCAGCCAACCAAUCGUCACCAUGUCUGAUGAAGAGCAUCAUUUUGAGUCCAAGGCCGAUGCUGGAGCUUCGAAAACUUAUCCUCAGCAAGCUGGUACCAUCCGUAAAAACGGUUACAUCGUCAUCAAGAACCGUCCCUGCAAGGUUGUUGAGGUCUCAACCUCCAAAACUGGCAAGCAUGGUCAUGCAAAAUGUCAUUUUGUUGGAAUUGAUAUCUUCAAUGGCAAGAAGCUUGAAGAUAUCGUCCCUUCUUCUCACAACUGUGAUGUUCCCCAUGUUACCCGUACUGAUUAUCAGCUGAUUGAUAUCUCUGAGGAUGGAUUUGUGAGUCUGCUGACUGAGAAUGGAAACACCAAGGAUGACCUAAGGCUUCCAACUGAUGAAAAUCUGCUGACUCAGAUCAAGGAUGGAUUUGCCGAGGGGAAAGAUUUGGUUGUGACUGUGAUGUCUUCCAUGGGAGAGGAGCAGAUUUGUGCUCUGAAGGACAUUGGCCCGAAGUAAAUGUUCCUCCCACUGUGUGGGGCUUGUCCAUUGUUGACUGCUGAUAAUUGUAGUUUAGCAGUGCGAUUAAUGUGGGUUUGAGAACAUGGGCUGUUUCAGGAAAUAUUUUACAUGAGAUGAGACUUGUCAUUAAGUAGCGGUUUUAUUAUUUAUUUUUAUAUUUUUGCGCUUUGUGUGGAGAAGUUAAAUCUGCUAGCAAGACUAUACGCUUCGUAGCAACUUUGGAUGUUUCAAACUAUUUACCGUUUCGUUUCAUCAUGUAUUUGAGUCCAAGUAAGUUUUUUGUUCGUGGAAGCGUGUGUAAACUGUCUUCUGAUGAUUCUUUUAUGAAAAUGUAUUGUGGAAAAGAAAUAA